UUUCAGCUGAUAUUUAAACUUUGCUAACCAUGGAUCUAGAAAAUGGCACUGAAGUGACUGAAUUCGUUCUCCUGGGAUUUACUGCUCAAUACAAGUUUUGGCAUGUCCUCUUCAUAGUAUUUCUAGUGUUUUAUGUGACUUCCCUAGUGGGUAAUAUUGGGAUGAUCUUACUCAUCAAGAUUGAGUCCAGCCUUCACACCCCUAUGUACUUCUUCCUCCAGCACUUGGCUUUUGUUGAUCUCUGUUAUUCCUCUGCUAUCAUACCCAAGAUGUUGCAAAACUUCAUAAGAACAGAAAAAUCUAUCUCAUUCGUAGGAUGCUUGGUACAAUUACUAGUCUAUGGUACUUUUGCAACCAGUGACUCCUACAUCCUGGCUGCCAUGGCAGUGGACCGCUAUGUGGCCAUCUGCAACCCACUCCGCUACCCAGUAGUCAUGUCCCAGAAAGUCUGCAUUCGACUGCUGGUUUGGUCAUACCUCAUGGGUUUCUUAACUGCCGCUGUAAACACAAGUUAUACCUUUUCAUUGAACUUUUGCAAAUCCAAUGUAAUUAACCAUUUUUUCUGUGAUGAACCUCCAAUUCUUGCCCUUGCAUGUUCUGAUAUUUAUUUCAACAUUAUGCUAAUAACGGUCUUUGUGGGGUUUAACUUAACGUUCACUGUGUUGGCUGUCAUCUUUUCCUACAUAUUUAUCUUUGACACCAUCCUGAAGAUAUCUUCUACAGCUGGGAGGAAAAAAGCCUUCUCCACAUGUGUCUCCCACCUGACAGCAGUAACCGUAUUCUAUGGGACUCUCUCUUAUAUGUAUCUACACCAUGGUACCAAUAAGACUCAAGAACAGGAAAAAGCAGCUUCUGUAUUUUAUGGCAUUAUAAUCCCCAUGAUAAAUCCCCUGAUCUACAGCCUAAGAAACCAAGAUGUGAGAGACGCUCUAAAAGGGAUCAGAAAGAAGUGUUUCCAGUUUGAGCCUUGAUUUCUAACUUUCAACACAAUUAAACAACCAGACCAACAGUACUCUCUUAUUUCCCAGCAUCAGAA